AUGCCCACUCUCGCCCAAAGGCAGAGAGCCGCGCAUCACGGCAUGGUGGCGCCUGGACGUCCACAGUCCUCCUCCUCAUCGUCAAAGGUAGCCACGACAGGCAAGACUCAAGCGCAAUUCACCACCACCGCACCCGGAGACGACGAUGCCUCGUCUUCAGACGACAGCGAUGAGGACCUCGCCUUUGAGAUGGACGGCCAGGAACUCUGGGCGCAAAACUUUUGCGCGACCUGCGAUUGUCUCAUCGAGCCCGGUGCCGGCGUCGGCGCCAAGCCAUCUGUACCCGACGGCGACGCAUCCAAGUCUACUGCUGCAAUGACGCGCUCUAACAGCAGCGCAUCGACAUCUUCGACAAUUGACCGCGAAGACCAUGUCAAUCACACAGCCGGCCUCAAGAGCAAGAACGGCACCAUUAAAGGACGGCCUUUGUCCAGCGAAGUCGCCAAGGCGGCCAAAGACUCCAAAAGCACCGCAAACGGUCUCAGCAACGUGAAGCGAACAUCCUCAGCCGGACGUCUACACGCUGUCGGCGGCGGUGCAGGCAUGGGCACGCACAAACGGACAGGUAGCGCUGCUAGCAGGCUGAAUGCUCUUAGCGACUUGAAGCCCACUACCAAGCUCAAUGCGCACGAAAAGUCGAAGGGCGUUGAGAGCGAAGGCAAGAGGAGUCCAGCACUAUCGCGCCGGAGCUCAAACGUCAGCACGACCUCUGGGGACAGCGGUCGCGACAAGAGUGCGCGAAGUGGCGAGUCAUCCCCAGCGAGCUCGUCGACUGGCCUCCCUCGCACCAAAAAAGGUGGGUUACUUGGGCCACUCUCACCCGCUAUCCUCAAACAGGAAGCGGAAGCGUCGAAGGCACCUAAGGCGCCACCUGCCUUGUUCUGCUCUGAGAGAUGUCGGCUUAUCGAUGCCGACCGUGCUUCUGGUCUGGGCGAGCUGGUGCAAUACCUGUCGCAGCCUUACGAGCCUUCCGCGCCCCACGCAUGGGCGACUUCGGGCUGGGGUGCAGCGGAGGUCACUGCCGAAGGCACCACGGUUUUCCCUACGCGACCUUCUAGUCUUGCCAGCGCUCCAAUGAUGGCUUACAGUGCCGGAUACGUCUGCACUCCAGAGAGCGAGUGUUGCACAUGCGCAGAAUGCCUAGACAAGCUGAGCUCGGGUGGUGGAACAGUGCCCAGCGGCGCCAGUGACACUACAGAAAGUUCCGCAUCCGCCUCCACUGGCUACAUGUAUGGUCAGCCUGGUCGACAGAAACAGCGCACAAAAAGUGGAAGAAUCAUGACGCCCCACGGACUGCAGGGUCAUGCCGACUCCUACUUCUCCAUGGUACCGACCAGCGCUGCGCGACCACUUGACGCACGUCGUUAUUCUCCAUCUCAGACAAGCAUCAUUGACGCAAUCGGGAGUCGCAGCACUGCUGACGAUCCAGAAGCAAUGAGCGCUACUAUUGAUAAGCAAACGAAUCGUGUUACCACAGCGCCAAGCUAUCCACGCAGUCGGCCCUCUACCACCUCUGACGAUGCUCCAGGGACUGCUACCACCGGCACUGUCACGCCCGCUACUACUAUUGUAGCGCGUAGGAGCCCCACACAUAGCCUCGAUUCGCUUCGCUGGAGCACCGCUCUCGAUGGCUCGGACACCAAGCGCCACGGCAACGGCAUCGGCUCGUAUGCUGAAUCCAGUCCGAUGAGACUUCUUCGUCACGGACAGCACCACUCCCAACCUUCGGUCGAGCACUCCAGUGAGCUUGCGCAUAGCCCAUUCGCGUCCGUUGCUCUAGGCACUAGUCAAGCAAGCAACGGCGCGGCUACAGAACUCGGCUCGAGCGUGACAACGCUGAAUCAUAGACUGCAAGGCACGACAAUCUCGCGUCGACGAGCUGCCGGUGGCCGCGAUGUCCCCUCUACGCUCGCUCUCGCGGACGGGGACACCGAGCACUCAAAUAGCGCUUUUACAAUCACAGAUAGCACAGACUCAGCGGUCGAGGGUAAGCAGGCCCCCACUCAGAGGAACAAGAACGCGUCGGAAGAUCGCUUGAGCAGUAGUCUGGGUACACCGUCUGCACUCAGCGCUCUCAAGCAAGCCGCUGCUCGUACUGCUGCGAUUGCUCCAACGCUGGCGGACCUGCGCGAGGGACACGCUGAGCACCACAGUGGCGUCAAUGGGUUCACGUCAGCAGAUCGGGCUCAUAGUCAAGCUCUCGCUGCUAGGCGAGCCUCAAGCAGCAGCAACUCUAGCUCCUCGACGAGCGGAUGGCUGAAAUCCCUUAGCUCGGCCUGGGCUACCAUCCGGGGCGCUCCCUCAAGUAGCAGUCUCGAGACUGAUAUAGACCAAGGGACAGUUCCUUCGUCAGAAGCACAAAGAGCGAAAUCCGCCUUGUCAUCCCGUCGAGGCAGCUCUAGCAGUUAUAAGCGCGGCGAGCUUCUCUCUCCUGCAGUCGGCAGCUUGACAGCUCUCUCAAGUCUGGAUGCUCAAUCUAGAGGCGAAGAGCCCACGCCUACUCAAAGCCUCAUCUCGCGACCUGCACCCCAUCGAGGUACUGUGCCAGCCUUUGCAAAGGACCUCGCGCACAGCGCCAACGAUGGCGUGCUCGAUGACCUCGCUACGUCUGCCUCUUCGGGUCGUAGCGGCGAACGUCUUCGUGGCACCCACGAAUCUUCAGCGUCCAUGCGAACUCCGUCCACGGACGCCACAAGACUUUCUGCUGAUGAGGAGGCGCGAAGGCGACGACGUGCGGAGCAUCGACACCAGCGCAGCAAGGAGAUCACCAUGCUUCCUCCCCUACUUGGACAUGGCCGCUCCGCCAGCAACUCAACGCCGGCAAAUGGGCGACCACGUUCUGUGCGCGCCAUGUCUGGAGCGGGAAGCGUCGGUGUCGUCGACCAAGCUGGACGUUCGCGGGCGGGCAGCCAAAGUCAGCUUCAUAUCGGCAGUGCGGGUUCACAAAUCGCACCUCAUUUCCCUGGCCUUUCGCGUCCGACCACGCCUGCCUUUCGUCGCAGCCCGUAUGGGUCCAACGGCGCCGAUUUUCCUCCGCCGGUCAGCUUCAGCAAUCCCUCUAGCCUUGGUACUUCGCCACGACGAGCCGGACUUGGUUGGGGGCCAAUGACUGCGAUUCUGCCUGCGCCUGACAGCCAGCAUCCCGUGACGCAUGGUCACAGCUCAAGUAUUAGUCUUGGGCACGCUUUGCGACCUGGUGCAGUGCAUCCUACAUCCGCUCGACAGCACCCUCAUCACCAGCCAAUGCAUCGCCACCAAACUCACCAGCAACACUCUCAUGCUCAUGGACAUGGUGGCAAAUAUGCGCACCAUCGCGGCACUGGACCGGUCCCGCUGGGUCACGUUGGGCUUCUUGGCGCGCACCCGCAUGGGCAGGGGCCAGUGUACGGUCGACACGCCACCACGCCGGUGCGCAGCUCGACCCCGCGCGUGCCAGAGGACGGGGGCGAAAUGAGCAGUGCUGCCUUUGCUGGAGCGGAUGAAGGCCCCGCCACCACUAGACCGACGAGCACCGUCGGCUACAGGGGCUCACAAAGUUCGCUGGCUCCACCUCGCCCACGUAGUGUUCUGGCCAUGCGAGCCAUCAAUGGUGGCUCCAUGACACCGCUGGUGGCAAGUCCAACGGGAGCUCCCCCCAUGGCACUUGGUGGACCUCGAGCUGGCUCCGCCACUCAGAACACUCGCACGGGUUCCGGUCAGCAAGGUCGGACGUGGAGCUACGAAGCACUACCGGGCAUGAAGACGUAUCCCGUCCUCAACCUGCCAGGCCGCGUCACUCACGAUCGCUACGACGAAGGCUGGAACUUGGGUGAAGGUGAUCUGGAGGAGUUGAUGACGGGUCGCCGCACACCGGCCCCAGCCUCCUCUGCGGAGCCAAAUGCAGCGGAACCCGCCACGCACACAACACCCCAGUCCUCGAGACGCAAGACUUUGUUCUACUUUGACGCUUGA